UCUCCGCGCCCCGGAAGGACAAGCGGGUGCUGGGAAGAUGGCAGCGGCGAGCGGGUCGGCGGCAGCGGCCGCUCCGGUGUGCGUGCUGGUGCUGGGCAUGGCUGGCUCCGGGAAAACCACCUUCGUGCAGCGGCUCGCAGCGCACCUGCACGGGCAGCGCUGCCCGCCCUACGUGAUCAACCUGGACCCCGCCGUGCACGACCUGCCUUUCCCCGCCAACAUCGAUAUCAGGGACACUGUGAAGUACAAAGAAGUAAUGAAACAAUACGGACUGGGCCCAAAUGGUGGAAUAGUGACCUCUCUCAAUCUCUUUACUACAAGAUUUGAUCAGGUGAUGAAGUUAAUUGAAAAAAGACAAAAUGCAUUCAAGUAUGUUGUUAUUGACACACCAGGGCAAAUUGAGGUAUUCACUUGGUCAGCAUCAGGAACCAUCAUAACUGAGGCCUUGGCUUCAUCUUUUCCUUCAGUUGUUGUUUAUGUGAUGGACACCUCUCGCAGUACUAACCCUGUCACCUUUAUGUCCAACAUGCUGUAUGCCUGCAGUAUCCUCUACAAGACAAAACUACCUUUCAUUGUUGUCAUGAACAAAACUGACAUAAUUGACCACAGUUUUGCAGUAGAAUGGAUGCAGGACUUUGAGACUUUUCAAGAUGCCCUGAAUCAAGAGACAUCCUAUGUCAGUAACCUGACUCGUUCUAUGAGUUUAGUGUUGGAUGAAUUUUACAGUUCACUGAAGGUGGUUGGUGUUUCUGCUGUGCUUGGCACAGGACUGGAUGAUUUUUUUGUUCAGCUUUCAAAAGCUGUAGAUGAAUAUGAGAGAGAGUAUCGUCCAGAAUAUGAACGCCUGAGAACAACACUGGAGAAAGCUCAAAAUAAACAAAAGAGGGAGCAGCUGGAACACUUGUGGAAGGACAUGGGCAGUGUGCGUGUGCAGAGCAACAUACUUACAGAGAGUGAUGAUGCUUCCGCAAUGGGUCCCUCUGAGCUGAUCCUAACACGAGGAACUCUUGAUGAAGAAGAAGACGAGAGGGAAAGUGACACUGAUGACAUUGACCAUGAAGUUACUGAGGAGAGUCACGAAGAACCAGCCUUCAAAAACUUCAUGCAAGAGACGCGGACGAAAUACCAGAGAAGGAGCCACCUAAAUGAAUGAGAUCUUCAGAAACAGAGGGUUUGGAAUCCCUUGUAAUGGAGUUAGAAGCAAAGGAACAGCAUAAAGAAACUUGCAUUGAACCAUACAUGAAGUCUUCCAUCUGUGAACAGCUUCCUCUGAUACAUUUUUAUCUUUCUCCCUGCAGUAACCAUUGGUCAUACGAGUUGAAGGUCUUGAAUCCCACUGACUGCACGUUUGGCCAUCUGCCACUGUGGCUUGCUGACGCUGAAGGAACCAGAAAGCACUUUCUUUUGCUCCACAUUCUUUAGAUGUGCCCAUAAAGAGCUUGGAUUUUGAGCUCUGACACCAUUAGCACCAAGAGUACUUACUGGUCUCCAAAAGUGUGUUCCGUUUACCUUGCACAGACAGGUUUCUGCUGCAGCCAGGAUGCAAGUUAAAUCUAGUGUUUGAUGUUCUGGUUUUAAUUAAAUAUAUUUUAUGUACUAACAA